AUGCCGCCGUCCCCCAGUCGCAGCGGGAAGCAGCCCAUCCCGGCUCCGAAGCUUCCUCAAAAGAAGACUAUCGCGUAAGGCGAUUUUAAUAUGUGCAUAAAAUCAUUGGAUGAGGAGCUGACUUAUUUAGUUGUCGACCAUGCCACGCACGCAAGAUUCGGUGUUCUGGCAACAAGCCGUGCAACAACUGCGCUCGUGUAUCUGACUGCAUCUACCCAACGCGAGACCGCCAAGUCCGAGUACACCAGAGGUACGUAAACAAGUGCCCAUCAGUCUCUGCCACUCGAUGUUGAUGAAGGCUAGCUUCCUUGACCGUCUCCUGCAGGAGAAUGCCGACUUGCGCGCCCUUCAGCGUCAGCCCGAGCAAUCCCAAAGGAAAACCGAACAAGACACCUGGAAUAUUCCCGCAAUAUCGCAAGGUGACCAAGAAUCUGCCGAGAACCAGUCUAUACAGGGAAGCGACUGGUUCACCCACAUCAGGACAUCCGAUACCCCCAUCUGGAUAGGUGAGAUAUCGGACAGUGCCUUUGCAACUCGCUUCCGCCAGUUUGCUUCUUUCUCUCAAACACCAUGUCAUAUUCCUCGUACUCAGUUCGUUUCCGACGAGGCUUUGCACAGUCUCGCAACGACGUUUCCCCCCCCUACCUGGCCAUCGCUGUCGCGUGCUAGACUUCUAGUCGAAACAGCGCUCCGGUUUUUGCGACACAGCUAUCACAUAGUCCGGCGCAGUGAAGUCUUCUCAACUUUGCGAGCAGCUGAUUUCAAUCAAAUCAGUUUACAUUCCAAGGCCAAGUUGUGGGCAUUGUUUGCUAUCGGUGAACUACGCUCGAGUAAAUGCCUUACAGCGACCGGUCAUCUCCCUGGAUUAGCCUACUUCGCAAUGGCUGGUGAUGCUAUCCGCAUGAUCAACGAGAGGCCCCAGAUUGACGUGAUCGAGACAGUUCUUCUUCUAGUAAGUUACGUAUCCCUCAGACUUGGUCGUUUUGUGCUUUUACUAAGAGCGCGUUGGCUUUGUACUCUCUUGAGACGAACCGCCGGCAUUCUGCAUGCACUUUUGUAGGCACUGCUUUGCGCCUCGCCACUAUUAUGGGAUUACAUAUCAAAAUAGGGUCUGCUUUCAUUCCAGAACCUGAAAUAAGAGAGCAUCGAAUUCGCCUUUGGUGGUCGGUCUAUAUUAUCGAUAGAUUUCUAUCGUCAAAAAUUGGUCUUCCACUCUUAAUAUCAGACGCUGAUAUUUCUAUUGAUCUGCCAUCAAAUAAUUCGACUCUUAACGUGGAGGAUUUUGGCGAUAAUCUUGAAUUUGUAGCCACUCUUCGCCUAGCUAAGAUCGCAGGACACAUUUCUAGGUCUCUGUAUGUGCGGACGCCCCAGCAGCGUGGUACAUUUCUUCAGCAAGUAGCACAGAUAAGAGAGGAGUUGGAUCAGUGGAAAGAGCUACUACCGAGCCAGUUGAAGUCUCACUCGAGUGACAGUGGGAGACAACUACAAUCUACCACUCUGCUACAUCUUGCCUUCAAUCAGGUAAUCAUCCUUCCUGUCUUUCCCCGCCGGUCAUAUCUACGGGUAUAUCCCGAUGGGCAUUCAACUGUAUUGCUUAUAGCCUUACUUGCAUGCUAAUUCGCAACAGCUCUUGAUCGUAGCAACGCGGCCAGUUCUCCUAUUUGUUUUUCGACAUCACAUAGAUGAAAGAUCUUCAACGGGAACAGAGCUUCCUAUCCCAGACCAGACCCAAUCCAUUGUUGAGGCUUGCAUUGGCGCAGCCAGGCAAUCCUGCGAUCUGCUGUCACAGUGCUGGGUAAAUGGAGAGUUCCACAUCUUUGAUUACUUUCAUGUUCAGCAUCUUUUUUCGGCCGCCGUCAUUCUCGCUAUAGCAGGAGCAUUAGGCCGAGAAACUUCUCAGGAGGAGAUCGACGAGUUCAAUCUGGCUGCCGGGUUUCUUCAACAGCUUGAGCAGAACGGGAACUAUGCUGCGAUGGAGUUCUAUGCUCAUGUUCAGGAGAUUCAGUCUACUCUAAGAAUGCUGCGAUCAGCCGGUUCGCUACCCACCGGCCCAGAGAGUGUGAUACUACAACACCCAAUAAGUUCUGCACAAUCCGUUCUGA